UUUAUGGAAACAGAAAACCAAUCCAAGAUCCCACAAUUCCUCCUCCUGGGACUCUCCGAGGAUCCAAACAUGCAGCCCCUCCUCUUUGGCGUGUUCCUAUCCAUGUACCUGGUCACCGUGCUGGGGAACCUGCUCAUCAUCCUGGCCAGCAUCUCUGAUCCCCGCCUCCACACGCCCAUGUACUUCUUCCUGUCCAACCUGUCCUUCACAGACAUCUGCUUCACCUCCACCACCACCCCAAGAAUGCUGGUGAGCAUUCAGACACAGAAUAAAGCCAUCUCCUACAUCAGCUGCCUCACGCAGGUCUACUUUUUAAUGAUAUUUGCUGGACUGGACAGUUUCCUCCUGAGUGUGAUGGCCUAUGACCGUUUCGUGGCCAUCUGCCACCCCCUGCACUACACGGUCAUCAUGAAUCCCCGAGUCUGUGCCCAGCUGCUUCUUUUGUGCUGGCUGGUCAUUUUGUGUGUGUCCAUGCUUCAUAUUCUCCUGAUGACACGGUUGACCUUCUGCGUGGGCACCGAGAUCCCACAUUUCUUCUGUGAAUUGGCUCAGGUACUCCGGGUGGCCUGCUCAGAUGCAGAAAUCAAUAACAUUGUCUUGUAUGUGGCCACUGCUCUAUUAGGCAUGAUUCCGCUCGGGGGCAUCCUCUACUCCUACUCUCAGAUCGUCUCCUCCCUAAUGCGCAUGUCCUCCAGGAAGGGCAAGUCCAAGGCCUUCUCCACCUGUGGCUCUCACCUCUCCGUGGUCUCCUUGUUCUAUGGCACGGGGCUGGGGGUCCACAUGAGUUCUGCGGCCACUCACGCUUCUGAGAAAAGCUUUGUUGCCUCGGUGAUGUACACAGUGGUGACCCCCAUGCUGAACCCCUUCAUCUACAGCCUGAGGAACAAGGAUGUCAAAGGGGCCCUGGGCAGGCUCCUGAGCCGAGCAAUUUCUUAUCAGUGA